AAGAUUACAAAUAAAGCUGGUUGGAUGUGAUUCAGAGGUGAUUUGACUGCUAUUUUCAGUAGAUCAAGUGGCCUGUAGUAUCUCCCUCAUGUAGAGAUCCCUUAAAACUGAGUGUGAAUUGGCUGAGCCUGUGAUCUCUGACAUUUGUUUUGAGUUGCUGGAACAUAUUACCCCAGCUCGAUCGGUCAUCUUAAAACCAACUGCAGUAUUUAGUGUCAGAGCAAGUGAAGGAGAAUGCUUUAGAAAUUCCCCCACACUUCUUAAAACUCCAUGAAGAUGUUGGGGGCACAAGUUACCCUUGUCCUAAUCUCUUCUUGUGAUGUAAAUGUGUAUAUUAUUACGGUGUUGGCAUGGCCAUGUGAUAAAGGAAUUCACCCCAAAACCACAUUGGUUGGUGUGUUCUGUGAUGGCCUCAGACUGGCGGCCAAUGGGUUGGGGUGUGAAUGGAACUGGUGUUCAGAAACUGAUGGCCGCUCAUCCUUUGUGUCCUAUCUUUGAUGUUAGUACUUUGUUUAAAAACAAACUGAUCAUUUAUAUAGAAAAACGAUGCUGUUGUUUAAAGUCUGCCACAAAAAUACGCUCAGUUAUUGAGCUGUUCAUUGAUUGAAGGACAUGAAAAAAAUUAUACCUUGCAUGGAAGGAGGCAAGGGUUGACAUCAAAUGAUGUCAAGCAAGCAGACACAAAUACACAAUGGGUUUCAUUCAGUUUCCAUCCACCAAAUCCAUUCACAGGCUUUGGUUGACCUGGGGCCGUAGUAGAAAACACUUGUCCAAAAUGCUACACUGAACUUAAACCUGAAAUGUGGUUGGGAUGUGAACUUCUUAAUCCCAGUCAUGCCUGCACCUAUAUACACACGGAUGUGUAUGUUAACACAUUCAUCUCACUGGUUUUCUAUAUUCAUGCUGCAGUAAUUCACUUUGUUACAUUCUGCUAGCACCAACAGUACCUCUUCCAUGCCCCAUAACCCUCUCGAAUAUGUGUGUGUGUGUGUCUAUAAAUAUAUAUAUACACACACACACACACACACACUUAUUUAUAUACACAUUUAUGCAGAAACACAGACACUCUAAACGUACAGAUCUGAUGUGACUAUGACAGUGGUGGCCCCUGACUGCACCAAUCUCCUGUCUUUGUUGUUGGUAAGUGAAGACUGUGUAUUCAUGUGUAUACCUACAUACACACACACACACACUCUCUCUUUCUCCUCCCUCCCCUCGACUGAUCAAUCGACUCAUCUAAUGUAACAUGCUUUUCAUAUAAGUUCAUAGUUUUAAUGUGUGUCAUUCUUUUAUUUUUGUCCGUUUUACCAUUUUUACAUAUAUCAAAUCAAAUGCAAGCUACUUUGUUAAUACUAAUUAUCAUUACUAUUAUUAUUAUUAUUAUUAUUAUUAUUAUCAUCAUCAUCAUACUAAAGUACUAGUCUUGUACUAGGAUCGGUGAAAUGAGCUGAGCCUCCCCUUCAAAUUUGUGACUUUCUAAGCCAGGCAUGACUAUUAUUGCUAUUAUAUUUUAUGUAGAUGGGAGGGGGAGCUGGCAGAACUGGUAGAGCAUCAGAAAAAACGCCGUAUGGUAUUUAUUCUGACCCUCUGUGUUCUGAGUUCAGUUUCCACCAAAGUCAAACAUUGCCUUUCACCUUUUAGGGCUAAUAAAAUAAAAUUACUGGUCAAGUACUGGCAUUUCAACUCACUCCCUGGUCUCAGAAUUGCUGACCCCGUAACCAAGCCUGAAACCAUUAUUAUUCUGGCAGCAAACUGGAAGAAUUAUUAAAAUCUUUGGACAAAAUGCCUUGUGGUAUUUCUUCCAGUUCUUCACAUCCUGAGUUCAAAUUCCUCCGAGGUCGACUUUUCCUUUCGUCCUUUUGGGGGUCAAUGAAAUAAGUACCAGUUGAGUACUGGGGUUAAUGUAAUCAACUCACUGCCUUUCCCUGAAAUUGCUGGCCUUGUGCCAAAAUUUGAAACCAGUAUAAUUAUCAUCAUCAUCAUCAUCAUCCUGGGUCAAUCGAAUCAACUCCUACUGAUGAAAAGGUGUGGCCUUGUGCCAAGGUUUGCAAUCAAGAUCAGUGGCAGAGACAGUAUUAAUCAGUUUCAUUUCUCCCCCCCCCCCCCGGUAUCAUUUCAAUUUCUGCCAACUUUGACUUUUCCUUUAUUGCACUCCCUUGGCUAAAAGAAGGUUUUCACUGAAAUAAAGACAAAAACCAUAUACUGUGUGUGUGUGUGGGGGGGGGAGCACUUCUCAAUUCACUGCUACUGGACUACCUUCCUUGUAAGUUUGUAGUUCUGAUCCAAUUCACAAAUUCAUCAUCAUCAUCAUCUUUAGAGGAUGUGAUUUGGUUUAAAAAACAAAAAAAAGCUACAAUUCCAAACUGGAAGAAGACAUUGAACAUGGUUUUCUGGCUGCCUUUUUUUUGAUAUCCCAAACUCUCUCUCCCCUCCCCCCUCUCUCUUGUCAAUUUUCUUUUCUUAUCCCCAUAAGUGAUUGUUGGGUGAUACAGUUAAAUUACCAGUAAGAUACUGAGGCCAAUGGAAGAAAACAUACUGCUAGUUGCUCCCUUCAUAAAUUGGUUGAUAUAUAUACACAUAUAUAAACCCAGUUUAAAGACAUCACAACAACAUUAUUACUGGCAGAGCUGGAGAUAUUCUGAGUUCAAAAUCUGCCUAAGGUCAAAAUUAGCUUUUAUUCAUUGGAGGGUUGAUAAAAUACAUUCAAGUACUGGGGCCAGUGUGAUUGACUUGCUCGUCCCUUCAAAAUAGUGGAAGGGAGGGGCCAAAAUUAGAAAGAAUGAGAAUUAAUAAAUGCAAUUUAAAAUCAGCAGAUAAAGUGUCUGUGUUCUGAGUUCAACUCCUCCCUGGGCCAACUUUGCCUUUUAUCCUUCAGAGAGAGAGUGUGUGUGUGUGAGAGAAGGUACAGUGGUCAUUAUAAUGGAUUACACCUGCCCCUAAAAUUGUUGCUUCAUGUCUAAUUAUAAAUGAGCAAAUAAGAAAAAUCAUAAUCGUUAUAAUUAAGGUGGUGAACUGGAAGAACCGUUUAGCAUAAGGCUUAGAGGCUUUUUGUCUGUCUUGACAUUCCGAGUUCAACUUCCACCGAGGUUGACUUUGCCUUUCAUCCUUUUGGGGUCGAUAAAAUAAGUACCAGUUGAACACUGGGGGUCAAUGUAAUCGACAGCCCCUUCCCCCAAAAUUUCUGGCCUUGUGCCAAAAUUUGAAACCAUUAUUAUUACUAAAAAUAAUAAUUCAUUAAUAUGAAAUAUAUGUAAAUUUCUGAUAUAAUGAUUAUAAUAGAAUUUUAAUUAAAUUAAAAUUUUUUUUUUAAUGUUAUUUUGUAUUUUUUUAAUCCCUUGUCACCUUUGCCCUCCCCCCUCUCUUUCUCAGUCUCUCCUUUUCUCUCUCUCCCCCCCACCCCUUGCUUUUUUGUAAAGGUAAACACAUCCCAGACUUGAUGCUGGAGAAUACAAUUUUGAAGAUACUGAAUCAGUUUGGCUGUAUCCCCUGUCCCCCCAUCCCAAACUCCUUUGUGUUAGCCCAUCAAACAGUUCAAGGGGCAAUGUGAGGAAAUUGUUUGUAAUAGUAGUAGUAGUAGUAGUAAUAAUAAUAGUUGCAAUGGUAGAAGAGUUAAUAAUAGUAUUUUGUAGUAGUUGUAGUAGUAGUCGUUGCAGAAAUAACACCCACAGAGGCUUGCUUGCUAUGUAAGAUAAGAGAUUUCACAAUUUGAUGAAAUAAAAUUAGAUAAAAUGUCUCCGUACAA